CAGCUGUCUCCCAAGGCCCCAGGCACGCUCUAACGCCCCAGCUCCAGCCACAGCGCCAUGGGCGAGUGGGCGUUCCUGGGCUCGCUGCUGGACGCCGUGCAGCUGCAGUCGCCCCUCGUGGGCCGCCUGUGGCUCGUGGUCAUGCUGAUCUUCCGCAUCCUGGUGCUGGCCACGGUGGGCGGCGCCGUGUUCGAGGACGAGCAGGAGGAGUUCGUGUGCAACACGCUGCAGCCCGGCUGCCGCCAGACCUGCUACGACCGCGCCUUCCCGGUCUCGCACUACCGCUUCUGGCUCUUCCACAUCCUGCUGCUGUCGGCGCCGCCCGUGCUCUUCGUCAUCUACUCCAUGCACCGGGCCAGUGAGGUCCGCUGUGUGCGCGUCAUGGGCUCUGAUUCGCCCUGCACGGGUGGCCCCAUCCUGGGCCAGCAGCAGCCACUCUGGACCCUCCCCGCCAACUUACGCAUGGAUCCAACGGUUUUCCAGAUAUAUUCAUCCAGCAAGUAUGCGCUGAGCACCUGCCCCGUGCCAGGUUGGAUAUCAGUCACCAAGGCCUUGGCGUGA